CAAAGGCCGCUUCGAAGGUAUGAAACCGUAAAAGAAUCGCCAACGCAUUACAUGUAUACCGGAACUGAAUCCUGCUCAUGCAUUGUAUAUAUGAAGCAACUGAUCAGGAACAAUAAUUUCUUUAAGAAAUUUUCCAACUCAAAAUAUUUACGGAACUUACAUUUAAUUGUUUCGAAGAAUGUAUUUCAAUUAUAAAAAGGUUUCUAGAAGAUAGGACAUUCCUUACCAUCGCCAAUGAUUGAACUAUGCACAUACUCACAUUUGUAUGGAUUAUUCUUUGGACAUCCCCCCUUAUGAGUCGUGCAAGAAUAGAUUCAAGAACAGACAUUGAUAGACACAAUAACUUAUUAAGAGCAAUACUUUGGGAAGAAAGACAAUUCGAAGAUAUAGAAAAGAGAGCUUAUGAUUCUUUAGAAACCCAUACACAUCUGUCACCUUGUUGUCCAACAGUAAAGCGAAGGAUAGCACCCCGUGGUGGGUUAUCCAGAGAAGGAAAAUUGCUGGAACUUUAUAGGGAUGUUAAUGCUGUUCAAAGAUUUUACGAAACGAUUUGUCAUCCAGCAGUAGCUGACAUGCCUUGUCGUUUUAUAGACCCAAUAUACAGAUCAAAGUGUGUACAGAACUACACAUACAUGUAUGCUAUUGUGAAAGAUUUUAAUGUGACGGAACCUUUUCGAGUUGAUUAUAUGCGGGUAAAAUCGGGAUGUACAUGUAAAGUAGAGGAACAUUCGUCUCCUGCAGAAAUUAUACAGAUGUCAGGAAAUUAGCAGUCUCAAGUACAAUGUCAUUUCAAUACUGUUUCAAUCUGUUCAACGGGAAUUAGAAAAAAAAGAUUAUUCUUCCAAUAGAAAUUAAUUUCAUUGUUUGCUGUUGAGGCUAUAAUAGUAAGAUAUAUAUUUAGAAGACAGAAGUAUGGAGAUAGCAAACAUUACACAAACUAUUCUUUCAAAGGCGGGGGUAGUCAAUGAAAUUAAGGAAUAACAGCUGGAUUGAAUAAAUGAGUUUUGAAUACGAAAUAUAUAGAUGAUGGACUUUUCCUUUCAUAACGAUUCAGUUUUUGAUUCUAAUUAUAUUGAAUUUUAGAAUACUUUAGUCUAUUCAAUUACUUAUAUGUGGUUGGUAACUGUUAGUAUGACAUUUCCUGUGCUUAGAUGAUCAAAUAUUGGAUAUCUUUCUAUACAUAACGUCACAUAAAAUCUUGAUCAUAAAGCACAGAGUCGGUUUAACAUUAUUUAAUUUGCCAUUGUUUCGUUUUUACUUCAAUUUAUAUAAUUUUAAACUCUAAACAUAGCAAUGUUGUAAUUAAGAAACGAUCCACAAUUAUAUCUCCUCUACCCUCAAUUUGAAUUUGUAAUGUAGUAUUUCAGAGGAAAUAUUUUUGUUUGAAUCUUUUGUUUAGAUGAGAAAUAAAGCAACGGAAUAAUCCAAAAUAAAAUCUUAUAUGAAAACAAAUACAAGUUCCCAUUUGGUGGCCUUGGGCUGUUUUAUGCUUUUUGUCGGAUUGUUGUCUCUUUGAAGCAUUCCCCAUUUCAAUUCUCAAUUUUUUCUUUUCUCCUUAUUAUGCAAAACGUAUAAUUUUCCCUUUUUAAGUUUGAAUUCAUUCUGGGAGUACUUGAAAAACAAACAAUUUUGAAAUCAAAAUUAUGUUGCGUUAUUUUUGAAGACUUAACAAAUCUUAUCUGCAACGUGUUAUAAUGGACAAAAACUCAGUGGUGCUUUAAAAAGAGAUGUGGCAAACUUGAACACGUUGUUCUGCUAAAAUAAUUUGAUACUGUGACGUCAUUUUUGUUUUAAACACAAAAACAAGUUUGGUUUUGGUUUUCACAAGAGAAUGGAAACGGGCGAAAGAGACAAUUCGAAAACAUUGUGUUUAUUUAUUUACUGUCUUGCUUACUUACUAACAUACUUUUUUAAAUCUAUAAAUCAUUAAUAUUUAAUACCAAACGUCAUGAAAAAAAAAAGAAAAAAGAUAACAAUGUGAUAAUAUUUAUUUAUCUUUUAGGGAAACGCCCUCUAUAAAAUAAUGAGUAAUGUUCAAGGAAAACGUCUUAUGUUCAAAUUUGUUUUCUAUCUUUUGAUAACAAACAGUUAUUCGUUGAAUGAAUGAAAGUGGCAACUGCAAAACAAUAGCUUCAUGAAUUGAAAAAAAAACUAGCGUUGCAGGACAAAGUUUUAAAAUAUAUAUAUACACUUGAUUAAAUUCUAAUUUAUCUAUGUACAUUUAAAUUCUAAUUUUUAAGAUUACAAAAUUAUAAUAGUAUGCUUCCAUUACAAAUAUGAUUUAUCAGUUGCUGUACAUCUUUGUUAAUCUUAAAUAAAUCGCAUUCUCUUGUU